UUAAGGGGCAAGGCUGGACUUCACGUCAUUAGUGUCAUAUGAGAUAGUUCAAAUAUGAGGAGCGCGUGCAAGCUUAGUCAGUAUUGAUUGUUGAAGAGAGCGGUCACUAACACAAACCCGUGUAUCUGGAAAUCAAAAAUUGGGACAUGGCGCUUGCUUUGUGGACGAUAAAGGUGCUUGUACUUUCUGGACUUUUUGUGUUAACUAUGAUCACAAGCAUGUUACCCUUAGUUGGGAUAAGAUAUGCUAACAGAACUAUGUCCAGGCGACGUAAACGCAAAUUUAAGAGGGCCAUCAGUUUGCUGAGCUGUUAUGCUGCUGGUGUUUUCUUGGCAACUUGUCUGUUGGAUUUACUACCAGAAGUACAGGAAAAACUUUCCGAAGCUUUUAAGGAACUGAACAUCAAAAACUCCUUUCCAUUGGCCGAGUUUGUCAUGUGUUUUGGUUUCUUCAUAAUUUUAAUGGUGGAACAAGUAGUGCUGUAUGUCAAAGAAAAACAUUUGGAACAGGACAAACUUCUAGUCACAGAAAAGUCAGAAUAUUCCCCUACCUCUCCACUGUUAGAUUCUGACAGCUAUAGCCACAGUGGGCGACAUUCAAGUACGAGUCCAAUGGGAAGAUAUGCUAGGAAUGGCACUAAUAGAACUUAUCGUAGUAUGAGUACAACCAGUAGUGUUGGAAGUGUUACAGGUAUUAAAGACUCACCUACAUUACCAGAUGAUGAGGGUCCUAUCACAGAUGAAGAUGACUUUAUAUCCCCUGAACAAGGUGACAGGGCCCGUGAUGAAGAACAUUUGCAUUCACCUGUGCGGUCCCUACUUCUUUUAACAGCUUUAUCAUUACAUUCUGUUUUUGAAGGACUAGCUGUGGGUUUGCAACCUGAUGAUGGCAGUGUGGUACAAAUUUCACUGGCACUACUACUUCACAAAAGUAUCCUGGCAUUUAGCUUGGGGUUAAAUCUUUCACAGAGCUCAAUAAGUUUUUGGGGUAUAAUUGGCUCUAAUACAUUGUUUUGCAUUACUUCACCCAUUGGAAUUGCUAUAGGCAUAGUAGUAACUAAUUUGUCUACAUCAGUGGCCAUAUCAAGUUUAGUGAAUGGGUUACUGCAGGGAAUUGCCUGUGGAACAUUUCUGUACAUAACAUUUUUUGAAGUCCUCCCUCAUGAAUUCAACUCACAUGAUAUGCGUUUGCUUAAAAUGCUGUUUUUAGUGCUAGGAUUUGGAACAGUAUGUGGGAUUUUGUUUUUGGACUCCUGAUGCAGUCAGAGCUCCAUGCUAUAAUGUGUUUAAGGAAAAGUUUAAAAGCCAUAAGAGAUGAAAUGCAAAGUUAACUAUUAACUUGGACAAUGGAGAUUUUGUACAAAGUUCAAGAGAAAUAUUCAGGUGAUUAAUGUCUAGAAAUCCAGUUUGAUUUGUAAACAAGAAAUGAUUUGCAGAAAUUUGACAUGUUAUAGCCUAAAAUUGGUUUUCUGCUCUCUGGAAGCUCAUUUCAGAAUGUGUUCCUAUGUUUAAUGAUUAAAAUUAAUACCUAAAUGAGAGGGUACUUAAUAAGCAAACUGCAAACAUAUCAUGUAAAAUUAAUUUUCUAUUAGUUAAAGGGAUAAUAACUCUUCGUAUAAGAUCUAUAUUUCACAAUAAAAACAUU